CUUCCUUUGUAGAAAUUGUUCAAAUUGUCUUGUCUCUGUGUGUUUAGUGUGAGGAACCACCAGUCAAUUUUGAGAAUGCCAACUCGAAGUGCUGCACAUAAGUAUCUCAAGACUGUGAAGAAAGAAUUUCAAGAUAACCCUGGAAAAUACAAUACGUUUCUUAAGGUUUUGAAAGACUUCGAAGCUGGAAGAAUCGGUACUAAUGCUUUCAUUACAAGAGCUAAAGAUCUCUUUAAUGGGAAACAAGAGCUACUCUUGGGUAUUAAUGUGUGUUUACCCGAAGGAUCUGCAAUAACAAUUGAGAAUGAUCAAAAUCCACCAAAGACGUCUCUUACCUUUAGCGAUGCGAUGCGUUUUAUCCGCAAGGUCAAGACAAGAUUUCAGGACGACGAUCAUUCAUGGAACUCAUUCUUAAAUAGUCUGAUUUCGUUUAGAAAGGACCACAAGAGUGUUAUUAAGGUCGUCCAUGAGAUGACUGUUCUUUUCCAAGACCAUGAUGAUUUGCUUGAGGAGUUUUCUCUUUUUCUCCCUCCAUCAUUUGCGAAAAAGACCUAGGAAAGGGUGGACAUGCGGUUUAAAUAAGUUAUAAUAAUAAGCCAGGAUAAUGAUUUAUGUGUAUGCAAUGAACCCUUGUUGUAUCAGUAGAUUGUUUUGAACUGGUAAACUAUUUCUAUAU